CCUGGCGGGGCAGCGCUGCGGCGGGAGGGUGUCGCGGCGUGGGCAGGUCCGUGAGAACUUCGCCGAGUCCGCCCGGGGCGGAGGCGCGCCCGUGUCCGUGAGACGGCAGCCGCCGCCCGCUCGGCAUGGCCGGCCGCCUCGGCCGCGGGAUGUGCUGGGGCAAGAGGGGCCGGGGCUGUCGGGGCGAGGGCGCGCUGCUCGCCCUGGGGCUGCUGGCCGCCCUCGGCUUCCUCGUGUGGCGGCACGGCCCGCCGCCCCGCCACGCCGCCCGCCGCGCCCCGCCGCAGCCGCCCAGCCCCGACUCGGAGCUGCUGCGGCGGCCGGCGUACGCCAAGCCGGCCCCGGAGCCGGGGGCGCUGGGGGAGCUGGGCCGGGCGGUGCGGCUGGAGCUGAGCCCGGCCGAGAAGCGCCGCCAGGAGGAGAGCAUCCGCCGGCACCAGAUCAACAUCUACCUGAGCGACCGCAUCUCGCUGCACCGCCGGCUGCCCGAGCGCUGGCACCCUCUAUGCAGAGAGAAGAAAUAUGAUUAUUAUAGCCUGCCAAAAACCUCUGUUGUGAUAGCUUUCUAUAACGAGGCUUGGUCAACGCUUCUGCGAACUGUUCACAGUGUUCUUGAGACAUCUCCAGAUAUACUUUUGGAAGAAAUUAUCCUUGUAGAUGAUUACAGUGACAAAGAACAUUUAAAGGAGACUUUGGAAAACUACGUGGCAGGUCUGCGCAAGGUGCGCCUUAUCCGCGCAAAUAAGCGAGAGGGGCUGGUUCGAGCCCGGCUGCUGGGGGCAUCCGUGGCAAAAGGAGACGUCCUGACCUUCCUGGACUGCCACUGUGAAUGCCACGAGGGCUGGCUGGAGCCACUGCUGGCAAGGAUUGCUGAAGAAGAAACAGCUGUUGUCUGCCCUGUUAUUGAUGUUAUUGACUGGAAUACAUUUGAGUACUUGGGAAAUGCUGGUGAACCACAGAUUGGUGGAUUUGACUGGCGGCUGGUCUUCACUUGGCACAGUAUCCCUGAAAGAGAACAAAAACGGAGGAAGUCCAAGACUGAUGUGAUCAGGUCUCCAACCAUGGCAGGUGGAUUAUUUUCUGUGAGCAAGAAGUAUUUUGAUUAUCUUGGUUCCUAUGACACAGGAAUGGAAGUCUGGGGAGGAGAAAACCUUGAAUUCUCAUUUAGGAUAUGGCAGUGUGGAGGAAGCCUUGAGAUCCACCCUUGCUCCCACGUAGGUCACGUUUUCCCCAAGCAAGCUCCGUACUCGCGGUCCAAGGCUCUGGCGAACAGCGUGCGCGCGGCUGAGGUGUGGAUGGACGGCUACAAACAGCUUUAUUACCACCGCAACCCGCACGCCCGCCUGGAACCAUAUGGAGAUGUGACAGAAAGGAGACUUCUACGAGAGAAGCUGAAAUGUAAGGACUUCAAAUGGUUUUUGGAGAACGUGUAUCCAGAACUUCACGUACCCGAGGACAGACCAGGCUUCUUUGGAAUGCUGAAGAAUAGAGGAAUGGAAAACUUCUGCUUUGAUUAUAACCCUGCAAAUGAACAUCAAGUAACUGGACAGAGGGUGAUACUCUACCCAUGCCAUGGUAUGGGACAAAAUCAGUUUUUCGAGUACACGUCCCAUAAUGAAAUACGUUACAACACACGGCAGCCCGAAGUCUGCGCAGCAGUCGACUCAGGAACUGACUACUUGACAAUGUACUUGUGUCAAGAAAAUGCCCACAGUGUUCCUGAAAACCAGAAGUUUAUUUUCAGAGAGGAUGGGACCUUGUUUCACCCACAAACCCAGAAGUGCUUACAAGCCGAGGCCAACGCUUACAACGGGAACCCAGCGCCGUUGUUACGACCCUGCACCAACUCAGACUACCAAAAAUGGUUCUUCAAAGAAAGAAGUUGAUCCAGAUGUUGUCUGGGACAUAGCUGAAUACAAAAAAAUGUGCUCUUCCUAGUCAGCAGUUAGUCAGCCUUUUGAAAAUCUCAUAAGUGAUAUAUUUUUGUAUGGAAAGAACUGUAAUUAGUUGACAAACCGUGGAUGUCGUUUCCUGGAGCUUUAGAAGGCACUGAGUAUGGAGAGCUUUAUAAAGUGCCACAGAAUCUGCUCCUUUUCUCUUUACUUGGCAGCUACAUAACUGCUUCUGAAGUGUCUUAGGUUCUUUUCACAAGUGACAAUUUACUUUUUAAAUCUACUGUGUGGAAGUAAGGCAGUCAAAAUAAUUGCACUAAUGUUAAUCUGCCAAUAACUUAAAAUGUUUAUUUUUUUACUAAAACAUUCUGCAGUUGGAUCUUUUAGCAGAUAGUUGUUAAUAAUUAUUCUUGUCUUUUAAAUACCAAGAAGGUAAAUGUAGGCCAUAUUCUGCCCUAAGUGACUACCCCAAAGCCCUCACUGAAGAUAGUGUGGAUUUAUUUACACAUAAAGGCAGAGUAUAUCUGCAUGUUUUUGCACAAAUAACAAUCUAGAUGCAUACAAAUUGCACAUGCUUGACAAUACUAUACCUUAAAUGUUCUGGCAGUUUUAGAUGUUCAUGGCCCUUGACAAGUUUCUAAUCAUGCUUAAGGUUUGGGAGUAAAAUGGGGAUUUUCUCAUCUUUCUCAAAGGCAGAAGGCAACAAUAUUUAAAGGUGAUGCUUUGGGAAAAGCUAUUUGGAUUCAUAUGGGCCCAGCUGUGUGGCUCUGUCCUAGAAUGCACAACCAACUUAAACAUUAUGUGGAUUUUCAAUGUGCAUAAAACUUUCAAGAUAAGACCUACCAAUAAUUCUUUUGUAAAAAUUUUAAAAUUGCAGUUAGGGAAAAUGAAUUUUAAAAUUUAAGUGUUUAAAUGAUACAUGUAAAAACGAUUAUAUUUUAAGAAUGGUUUUGUGACUGAUUUCUGUGAAAUGCAGCUAAGAUUAGUACAAAAAAGGUUAUCUUUGGGGUAUCACUUGUAUAGCAGUGUACCUGACCAUUGACAUCAGCAUUACCAUGCUGAUUAGAAGGGUUUCAGCUCAUAAGAAGAGUUUCUUUCUCUGUCAGAUGAAGGAAUGCUUAUGUGUAGAAGGAUGAAAAAUUCAACCUUUUUCCCCUCAGAAGUCUUGCUAUCUGUUUUGAUUAGUUUGGUAUGUGUUUUGUUGUUUGCUUUUGUUCAUGUUUUCUAUAAAAAUGUACAGCCUUUUCUUUGAAUCCCCAUAAGCUCAUGCCAUUUUGGCAUACCUAUUUAUAUGAUUGGGGUGUGGGGGGAGGGUUUCUGCCUGUAGGAGAUACAUGUCUUGGUUCUUCCAAGGACUUUCUUACCCGUGUGGGUAGAAUGUUUUUGUGAGCACCUUUGAAGUUUUGUCUCUGUGGGCUGGACUGGUGAAACUGAUGUUAGAAUUAAUAAAAUAUUUUGUGAAUCAGUA